AUUGGUGAUCUUCUUCACCACCCUUUGCUUUCAUCCAAUAUUCCACAUCAAAGCACUUUUCUUCUGCUUUUCCUCAUUAAAUACCACACCAAAACAACACCUAAACCAACCAUCACAAUUCACACACACCCCUGCUUCUACACUUGCACUCACUGCAAAAACAGAAUCUUAUUCUUUCUUCACCAUGACAGGGAAGAGAAACAACCAAACCAGCCCUGUGGGAAGUCCUACAUCAGGGAACAUCUCAGACGGUUCCAACUCAAAAGAGCAAGACAGGUUCCUCCCCAUAGCCAACGUGAGCAGAAUCAUGAAGAAAGCACUCCCAGCCAAUGCAAAAAUCUCAAAGGAAGCAAAGGAAACAGUGCAGGAAUGUGUCUCUGAGUUCAUAAGCUUCAUCACUGGUGAAGCCUCUGACAAGUGUCAGAGGGAAAAGAGGAAGACAAUCAACGGUGAUGAUCUUCUCUGGGCCAUGACAACCCUUGGAUUUGAGAACUAUGUUGGACCCUUGAAAGGGUACCUCAACAGCUACAGAGAAACUGAGGGAGAGAAGAGUAAUAACUGUUCUGUAGCUAAACCAGAGGAUCAUGAUGAUGCAGGGGUAGUUGAAAUCAACAACAAAAUGCUUCAUUCUUCUGUGGACUUUGCAACUAGCUUCAAUGGUGGUGGUGGAUUCUAUAGUUCUUCUUCUGUUGGGUCUCAACAACUAGCCCCAAAGACUACUAGCUUCCAAGAGAUUGGAGGGAAUAAUAUCAGAGGCUAUAGUGAAAUUAGUUCAAUGAACAGGGCAAUUGCUCAAAGUGUGGCCAGUGGUGAUCAAGAUGCAAGUGGUAAUAGAAUGAUGCCAUAUAGGGUUCAAUGGUAGAUCAAUGUGCCAUGAUAGCAUAAAGUUCCUUCAUCAUUAUAUAGUAAAAUAAUAUUUUCAUUAUGGAUGUAUCUUUGUUGGAUGAUUGAGUAAUGAUAUGUGGACAUCCAUACACCGGGGACACUAGACAGACACACAACAUGAAAAAUAAUAGUAAAGAGAUGUAAUGGAUAGAGAGAGAAAUGGUGUCUAUAUUGUUUUUUUUUUCUAAAUAUAUAUCAUUGCUAAAUUGUUAUAGAUCAGGGAAAGAGUCAGUUUGAAUACCUAAAUCUAAUGAUAUAUUUCAGUCACUUGGAGGAUAUAUUAA